UUGUUCUCCUUUGAAGCGCACACAGACAGACACUUCAGUCUUGAAGCUCAGCCCUUUGUCUGCCAGCUUUUCUUGUAAAAGACGAUAUAACUAUAUAGGAAUUGGGAAACCUCUGUGAAUGGCCAACUCUUUAUGUGUCACGCCUUUUUGUUCCUUUCAGUCCCCUAACAAACCAGGGAUAGUUAUUGGCAAUUCGGUUGGUCGGAAGGUUCUUUGGGUAAAUGAAGCGUUUCAGAAGUCUCAGACUGCUAAAUUUCAAUCUUUGGAGGUUAAGGCUGCGGAAAAUAAUCAGAGCGCCAAACCAAGUAGCAUAGUCUGUUCUGAUUGUGAUGGAAAUGGUGCCAUUUCGUGUGGUCAAUGCAAGGGUAGUGGAGUUAAUUCUGUAGACCACUUCAAUGGACAGUUCAAAGCUGGUGGAUUAUGCUGGCUCUGCAGAGGUAAAAGGGAUAUUUUGUGUGGGAAUUGUAAUGGAGCUGGCUUUCUUGGUGGGUUCAUGAGCACCUUUGAUGAAUAGAAGUUUGCAAAAUUUUUGGCUUCAGUGAUUCGUAUUAUGUUUCACCAGUUUUUCUUCUUUUUCUGAACGUCAAUAUACUUUUAUACACGUUCAUGAAUGUUGAGACUUGAUGUUAAAUUCCUGGCUGCCAUUAUUGGACUUAUUCCGAAUUGAAACUCUGCUAUGUUUUUGCAGUCGAUGAACUUUGAAUGUU